GCGGUUCGUGCGGCCUAAAAUGUGCCGAUCUUGUGCUUGGUUGAAGCAAUCGAACUGAGCGUAUAUUAUUCUAUUAAGUGCUACCAAUGGCCUGUCAAAUGCUUUGAUAUCUGCUAGUGCCACAAAUUGUGAAACAGUGCAAAAUGUUUGCCAUCAAUUGGUUCGAUGUGAUACCCGUCGCGCUAACAUUUCUUGCCAUCGCCUUUGUGCAGGUGCUUAACGUCUAUUUACAUAUAUUCAGUGAUAAUACGAAAAGUACCGAUAUCGCUGGCACAGUUACCGAAUCGGAUUGCCCGAUAUCGGGUAAUGUCGACGCGACAACACCAACUUCUGCCAAAAAUGGCGCCAUAUCGCGAAAAACAUCGAACGGCAAGUUGGAGAAGCAGGCGAGCAUUUUGGAUAGCGAUAGUGGCAUCUCAUUGAACUCUAUCAACACAAGCACAACAACAACAAUAGCAGCAGCAGCAACAACAGCAGCAGCAACAACAAUUUCUACACCGGCAACACCCAACUCAUCACCAACAUACAGCACACACAAUGGUUUCCUCACACACACCCUCAGUUUCGAAACCUUGAGCGAUGAGUACCACGAGGAUGAGGACACACUCUCGCUAGAGAAUCUUUUUCCCUGCGAUCAAACGGAAAUAUAUGCCUCAAAGAAGAUAAGCUUCAUUAUCGAUGAACUUAUCCAGACCGAAGUCAACUAUGUGAACAAUCUGCGGAAGGGCCUCGCCAACUAUGGCCAGCUGCAUCAGUGCGAGGAUCUGCCGGAAGGACUACGCGGCGACCAGCGACAGCAGCUGCUGCUGGGCAACAUCUCCGAAAUUCUGGAGCUGCACGACAAAGAGAUUCUGCCGCUCAUGUUGCGCAAUCAGCGCGAUCUGAAAGGCCUCUUCGAUGAGUUUGCGACGCACUUUGAGAAAAACAAUUUCUAUUGUUAUGUGGACUUUACCAUAGGCAAAAAGUCCUCCAUGCAGCUACGGCAAGAGAAUCGAGAAUGGCUGCAGAGCUAUCAGACGACAAUAAAAGACAAACUGGGCAUUGAUAGUUUUCUAGUGCAGCCCAUACAAAGACUGACCAGAUAUCCGUUGCUGCUACAGCAAUUCAUAUCGGAAUUCUAUAAGAGCGGCAUUAGCUGUAAGCCCGUGCUGAGUGCUGUCUGCAAGCUGGAAACUCGCAUGCGACGGCAGCUGGAUGUGGUCAAUCAGGCAGAGGAGAUUCCCAACAUAGAUGAGCUAAACGAGCUCGAUCUGCAGCAACAGGGUCACUUUCGACGCUCCACAGAAUUCGAUGCACAGCAUCUUCCAACCAAAAAGAGAUACCGCGCCAAGAUAUUCCUAUUCGAUCGCUGUCUGGUCUGCACGGAGGUGCGCAAACGGCGUUUGGCCUAUCGCCAGCACUACAGUUGGGAGCAUGUGGAGCUGCAGCGUCCGCUGGAGCUGGCUACGUCGAAUGCCAAUAAAAUCAUCAAUCUGCUGGUCAAGCAGCAGGAUAGGGACAAGACCAAGCGUGAGGAGUACUCCUUUGUGGCCUCCGAGGCGUCUGUAGUCAAGCAGUGGCUGCUCGCCACCCACAAGAUCAUCGAGAUAGCGCGACACGAGCAAUCGAAACGCGACACCUUCAGCCUGCCCAUGGAUCUGGUGCUGGGUGUGGUGCUGGCCAUCUGGCUGAUAUGGCAGUACUUGUAGCGCUAAUUAUAUGCUAUACUAUUUAGUUGCUAGGCUAUAGAAUAAAGCUAAGUUAUUUGUACACGUA